UAAAUAUCUCCACUAAAAAACAAUUUGCACCGACAAUAUUAACCAUUGGACUCUCACUUUAACAACACGUAAGUCUUCACUGCCAUGUGCCCUUUAUAACAUGAGAAGGCAUUAGUAACGUUUUUUCGAGUACUACAACAACCACCGUCGCAUCUAAUAAAACCGAGGCAGCGUAAACACAAGUCCAGGAACAUGAAAAGAUCGGGUGACAGUGAGGGGGAGAAGAGAAGAAAGAGGCGGAGGCUUCUGCAGGAGUUGGGAAACCAGAAGAUUCCCUUUCUCGGACCUCCCGAUCGAGGCUAUCAGCAACUGUGGGACUCCAGUUACUCAGGCCUGAUUCUGAGGAGAUCCUGCUCGGUGCCUGCUGAGCUCCAUGUCCGGGUGCAGGCCGCCCUGCUCACCCUGAGGAGGAAGGGCUGCCUCCUGAGGGAUUUGGUUCGCAUCCGAGAGCGAGAUGUAUUCACCGCCGUUUCACGGACUCUUCUUGGUGAACCGGGCCACACCUACCGCUAUCUGGACACACGGCUGUUUGCCAUCCCCUGGCACAGCGAGGACCCUGAGGUUAAAGGACAAAACUGUUGCGACUCUGACUUGAGUGCGGCUUGCAAGGCAUUGUGGGAGCUUAACACCUUCUUCAGUUCGGAUGUGUCUCAGCGGAAGGAAGGGGACAGGCUAACACAGUGUUUGAAGGAGGAGGUGGAGGCCAAACUGAGCGAUGAAGGGGACACAGGGUCUAAGAACAGUGAAGACUCCAAGAACAGUGAAGGAGGGGACUCGGAGUCCAAGCAGAGUGAGGAGGGGGAAACUGAGUCCAAGCACAGUGAGGAGUGGGACAUUGAGUCGAAACACAGUGAAGAAGGCUGUUCUGGGUCAAAACAAGAAGGGGAAUGGGAGACUAAGUCAAAACCCAGCAGUGAGGAAGGAGAGUCCUCUGAGGAUAAACCAAGUGGAGUCUCAGCAGCUUCAGAGCACAAUGAAGGAAAAUGUCCCAGCUUGGCCCCUACGGCCCUCAGUGGCACACAGAAUAAAGGUGUGGGACUCACGGCGCAGGGGAAACCUGUGGCCAAAAUGAAGCACAUCUCCUCCGAUCACCACGUUGAGGACAGGGAGGAAGCAGCCAGCAGGCAGGGCUGUUCGCAGCCGAGCCCUCCGCCUGUAUGCACCGGUCCGGUUAAGUUCAAUGUCACGUUGCUUAACUACAUGGACCCAGCAGCUAUGAGCCAGCUCAAAGAAGAGCCUUACUAUGGCAUGGGGAAGAUGGCAGUAGGCUGGCACCACGAUGAGAAUCUCAUCAGUCACUCUCCAGUGGCUGUUUACAGCUAUAACUGUCACAACGACAAAGGUGAGAGCAGUGAGGGAGGCAGCGAGGAGCGGCCAUGCUGGAGGAUCGGGCUGAAGGUAGCCUGGGACAUCCACACACCUGGCCUGACGCUGCCGCUGGAGUCUGGAGACUGCUACUACAUGAGAGGU